AUGACCGUAGACUCGCAACCCCCCUCGGAGGGGCGAUUCGUGACGCGCCUCGCUCGACGCUGCGAAAUCCCACGAAUGACAGCCAUCCGAUACGACGCCUUUGCUCCUUCCCCGCACAACACCACUCCCGACGAACUCUCACGUCUGCUCGAGACCGAACCCGAUCCCGAACUCGGUCGAACCGUCACUCGCGAAGAAUCCCUCACCCGAGCCAACAAAACCUUCCAAGAGCUCUUUGACAAGAAUAAGUACCACAUCGUCGGAGUCUACCACACCUCGUCCACCUCCAUUGAGAACCAACAAGGCGACCUACAUGAUUCAUCUGAUCUUCCUCCAGAUGCCAUCAUGACAGGAUUCGCCCUCUGGCAUCGAAUAGAUAGCUCCACCGAACCAGAUUCCCCGGAAACAGACGAGAAGGAGAGGCAACAUCCAGGUCUCUUGAAUCGCUUCAUGGCUCAGUUGAACCGAACCAGAGAAAGGGUGAUGAAGGGAGAGCGGUAUUGGUUCUUGAAGUUAUUGGUCAUCGAUCCGGAAUGGCAGAGGAAGGGUUUGGGAACCAUGUUGGUCAAGUGGGGGACAGCGAGGGCGGAUCAGGAGGGCGUGGUGGCCUGGUUGGAAAGUAGCCCGAUGGGCAAAGGCACCUACCUCAAGGCUGGCUUCAAGGUGGCGGGCCUGGACCGGGUGGACGAGAAGAGGGCAGCGAAGGGAUUCGUAGAAUGGCCGUACAUGGUUCAUGACGGCAGAAAGGCGCAGUAG